AUGGAUGCUUCUACGCCACGACCCAAGCAGCGACAUCAACGCACACUGCCAGAUAAUGAUCCAGCAGCGACACCGAAAGCAGUCAAGGUUUCAGACAGGCGCAGGGCCGAUAGCAGCGGCGACAUUUGCUUACAGGGACCUGCACAAGACACUACUACUUCCUCACAAAUUCCUUACUUACGUUCCGCCGAGGAGCUUUCGUGGGUCAAAGCCAUCACGUUUGGUCGACCUGAUAUAUCGGCGAUCAAAACUCUGAAGGACGUACUCUGCGUCAUGCCCCCUGACCUUCCUGGUAGAUACCAACGUGGCAAACUGGAAGGCACAAAGGACUUGACACAAACCGAAAUCACCCUUACCGUCACUGACCAACUCCAGAAAGUGGUCUAUUUGCCUAGGCUCGUGUCUCAACUCCUCGACCGCGCGUUGGAGACGCUUCAGUUGGCUCUGCCCUUGGUGGAUGCGAACGGCUAUUCCGAACCUGUCGCCAGGAUACAUCCUUAUUUUACAGCUGGCAAUUUACCCCAGGUGAUCUGUAGCGAGAAAGAUAUAGAAGCUUGGUCUCAAGCAACGCUGUUCCGUCCUGCGUUGGCAGCGCUACGUGCUAUUGAGACGAAAUCUCUGAGCCACGACUUUGGCAAGAAAUUUCCCUACCUGUCCUCGGCUCCUUCAGGAAACGUUAUUCCUGAUGGCAUGCUAGUCUGUAAACCCUCCGAGGAGGGCCUACCGCCGCCGAUGAGCAUCACAAUUGAAAACAAAACGCCCACCGCUUACAAAGACACUCUUGGCGAGCUGCAAUCGAUUCCGAAAGACCCUAAUGUUCGGAUUCCCGAAGGAACUGCUAUUCGUUUCGUAUGGCCUGGCCCCCUUACCAGUAACCCCGAAGCUCGUACACGAAUAAUCGUCCAAGUUUGGACGCAGAUGGUGGUGGAGAACUGCGACCUUGGAAUUUUGUCAACGUCCACGUCAACAAUCUUCUUCGCUCGUGGACGGGGAACCAACAACGACACCCUCUACAUGUCGCCUACUUAUCGAAGUGAUGAUUGCCCAAUUUUUGCCGUCUUCUGUUGGUUUGCCGUUGCGGCAGGUGUAUUUAGCUUCGAUAGUCUGGACCUCCCAGAUCCGAAGACAGAUUGGUGGACCAAAGAGGCCUUGGAGGAUCAAUAUACCUCUGGAAUAACUACCUCCACACUGUACAGAAAUUACGACAAAAAGACUGUUCGACCGCUAGGAACAGGCCCACGAACGAGAUCUCAGGCGGGCUUGGCGUGA